GAUUGGAAGGGGCUUCAUACCCUGAUGACUGGCCAUGGUUUCAUGGACGCUCGCUACGUCCGCGUGGAGAACUGUGGCCAGCCACCGCAUCAGGGGAGAUAUUGCCUACACUUCCACUUGAUGCACCGCUGUCCCCGCUGUGUUCUCCACGGCAACGCCGUGGUCAACUCCACCCAGGUCGGCAUCACGGUGCACGGCACGCACCAAGCCAGGGUGUCCAGCAACAUCCUCUGGAACACCAUGUCUGCCGGCGUGUAUGUGGAGGAUGGCAACGAGAUGAACAAUACCUUCGAGGAGAAUGUCUUGAUAUGCAUGCACCAGGUGCCGCCGAUCAACCCCCUGCCCUGCAACAAGGGUGACACGGGCAUCUGCCCCGAAGCUCGACGGGGCUGCACCUACGAUAUGUUCAACCAGGGCGGCCGGCUCGGCGGUUUCUUUGUUAUUGGCAUGACCAACGACUUCAUAAGGAACCGCGUUGUGAACAUGGAGAACUGCUUUUGGUUCAAAGGCACAGCGGACCCAGCUGGCCGAGGGCAUGCAGCAGGCAAGGUGUGCCCCGUGCACCUGCCCUUGGGGCGCAUAAGCGGCAACGUGUGUCACGACAAUCGGCGCUUCGGCAUGUACCUCGACAACCAGCAGCCCCGCAUUCUUCCCAGGGAUGAGAAUGGGUUCGUGACUCCCGAAGGAGCCGACAGCGGUGUGGUUCCAGCCAAUGUCGUCGAAGACGAGCUGGACUGGCACAACGAGUUUGUGGGUCAGUACGUGUUGACAGAUGUCCGUUACGUACGCUAUGUCGGAAUAAACAACAUGCACUGCAUGUACUGGAAAUCCUCGAAGAAGUUUGCGGAUCAAGGGCUCUACCAUGUGACGGACUCCAUGUGCAUUAACGUGCCCAGUGUCUUGGCUGCAAGUCAACUCUAUACUUACACCAUGCUCAGUCUCCGGAUCUCAAUGCAGAGAAACAUACGCCGGACGUUUAGCAAAACAUUUGGUUGGCUACAUCGAAAUGUAGGGCCAAGUGCUUGA